AUGGAGACUUCUUUCCACAAGCCGAUCACAAACCGCUCACGUAUGGUUACGACACGGUCGUUAAGAAAGGCGGGCGAGCUUCUGUCAAACUCGAUUCGCCGUACUUUUUCAACCAAGAAAUGGGAGCACAGAGAACAACUGCACACUCUUACUGAAACGGAUCGUUUCUUUUUGAAAAAAGUACGAUGGCAAAUAUCAAUACUUGCUCAUAUUGGAUUCGCAAUCUCGUUUGGUAUCCGUUCAAACUUCGGUGUGGCGAAAAAUCGAAUGGUCAGCAAUUUCACGGAUGCGUGGGGGGACUUCCAUGCAUGCGCAUCCAGAAGCAGGGGAGUGAAAAAGGUAGAGCAACCGUGGAAAAAUAUCGUGAACUAUUCGUUAUACAGUGGAGAGGUUCAUCUUUAUUUUUUGGAAACUUUAUCUUCGAGUUCCUGCUUUCUUGGACAGGCGAAUUAUAGGGAACCAGAAUUUUACUGGUCGCCCACUGAGUUGGGGAUGAUGGAAAGCUCUUUCUUCUACGGUUACGCUGCCUCACAGAUCCCAGCCGGUGUCCUUGCUGCUAAAUUUGCUCCUAACAAGUUGUUCUGUCUCGGUGUGAUGAUUGCUAGUGUUCUGAACGUCGGUGUGGCUUUUGCUCUUCAGUAUCAUCCGUUUACAGAUGUGUUAGUGAUGAUAAUGCAGGGCAUACAAGGGCUGGCUCUGGGUGUAACCUAUCCGGCAAUGCAUGGUGUGUGGCGGCACUGGGCGCCUCCAUUGGAAAGAUCCAAGCUUGCUACCACCACGUUCACUGGCAGUUAUGUUGGUGUUAUGCUUGGUUUACCGUUGUCGGCUGCUCUUGUCAGUUAUCUUUCGUGGUCCGCUCCGUUCUAUGUGUUUGGUUGUGUCGGAGUUCUUUGGUCACUCACAUGGUGGACGGUUUCUGCUAAAUCUCCAAAUGAUCACUCAUAUAUCACUGACGAAGAACGAACGUAUAUCACAGAAAAAGUCGGCAAGGUCGCAACGGGGAAUAUGACGUUGACUACACUACCAUGGAGGACAAUCUUGAUGUCUCCUCCUGUAUGGGCUAUUGUAAUUUGUAAUUUCUGCCGAUCUUGGACGUUCUUCUUGCUUCUCGGCAAUCAACUCACCUACAUGAAAGAUGUGCUCCAUCUCGAUAUAAGACAUAGCGGUCUCAUAUCAGCAUUGCCUCAGUUCAUGAUGACGAUUGUUGUGUUGAUCUCUGGUCAAAUGGCUGAUUGGUUGAGAUCAACUGGAAAAAUGAACACUGGUCCAGUUCGAAAGAUGUUUAAUACUCUAGGAUUUGGUGGCGAAGCGAUUUUCCUCGCUCUGCUCGCUUUCAUCCACGAUCCGACUCUUGCCGUCACCUGUUUGGUUAUCGCAGCCUCUCUUAGCGGAAUGAGUAUUGCAGGUUUCAAUGUUAAUCACUUCGACAUUGCUCCCCGCUAUGCUUCUAUCCUUAUGGGUUUCUCCAAUGGUUUUGGGGCUUUAGCUGGUAUGGGAGGCUUCAUCACUCAGCAUCUUACAGCAAAUAAUCCCAGCGGCUGGAAAUAUUGUUUCCUUCUUGCAAUGUGCGUUGACUUAUUCGGCAUUAUUUUCUUCUUAUUAUUUGCUCAAGGAGAAGUACAGGAAUGGGCUCGCGAACCAGAACCUGAAGAGACUCUUGGCGAAUUUGUGAGACGAAUUUCAACAAUGGUACGCAACAUGUCGUCAAGAAGGAGGCCAUCAAAAGGAAAUGAAAACGGAUCACAUGUAGAUUAUGCGCGCAUGGAAGAAGAGCGAAACAACUCGUCUGAAAUGAAACCUCGAAAUCUUCCGGUAACAACGGAAGGAGAUAUAGACCGUAGAAGCAAGUGUUCGACUAGUUCCACUACUGUGUCUUGCCGAUGGAGUGCGGUAUUAUUCGAACACGAACUAUCGGUUCCCAUAUGUAAAUCUCAUGAAUAG